AUGGAGGAUAGCCGUACGUUCUUGUACUUUGCAUAUGGUAGCAACCUACUGAAGGAGCGACUGCAACUCAAGAACCCCUCGGCGGCAUUGCACUGUGUGGCCAAACUGAAGGACUAUAAAUUGGUAUUUGGUAACUAUAAAGGCCUGGUCAGUGAGCGGUGGCGCGGAGGUGUGGCAACCAUAGAGCACAGUCCAGGAGAUGAAGUGUGGGGUGUGGUGUGGAGAAUGAACGAGUCUGAUAUGAAGUCUCUAGAUAGUCAAGAGAACGUCAUGUUGGGAGCAUAUACGCCGGUGCAAAUAUCUGUAAGGACGAAAGGCCAGGAGCUGAGUUGUCGCACCUACGUAAUGAACAGCUGCGUAUAUGCCCCACCAUCACCACAGUACCUACAAGUUAUUGUGAUGGGAGCAGAGCAAAACAGACUGCCAAAGGACUACCAGGAGAAGCUAAGAGCCAUCGAGACCAACAAUUAUGAAGGUCCACUACCUCUGAUGGCUGAAGUGUGUAACACAUUGAGCAUGGCGAAAAGAAAGAAGACCAAAGAGGCUUUCCUCAAUUUCAACCCUGUAACUCCCAGUGAUGCCAUGAGCCGCUGGGUGGAGGUUCCUGUGAAGCCUCUGCACCCAACCUUUGCUGGGAACACGGCAGCAUUCAUCCCCUCCUCCCAUGGAACUGUUAGCUCCACCAUGAUGGCUGUCUUCAUGGGGACAGACCAGAGGACAAUGUCCGGUCGAAGGGUGGAUGUUAUGACCUGGAAGAACGUGACUUACCGGUCCAAGUAG